CCGUGCGGGCACAUGGCCGCGAACAUGUCGCCGGACGAGGAUGUACAGCGGCUCCUGAUCCAGUUCCGAGACGAGGCUGGGGAGUCGCUGGGCUCCCCUUUUGACGUCCCGGUCACCAUCACCCCAGAUAAGCUGCAGUUGGUCUGCAAUGCUCUCCUGCAGAAGGAUGAGCCGGUGCCCCUGGCUUUCUUUGUCCAUGAUGCUGAGAUCGUGGCGUCGCUGGAGAAGACCCUGGUGGGGCAGAGCGUGGAGACAGAGAAGGUCCUGGACAUCAUCUACCAGCCCCAGGCCGUGUUCAGGGUGCGGGCCGUGACUCGCUGCACCAGCUCACUGGAAGGACACACUGAGGCUGUCAUCUCCGUGGCCUUCAGCCCCACGGGAAAGUACCUGGCCAGCGGCUCUGGAGACACGACUGUCCGCUUCUGGGACCUCAGCACAGAGACGCCACAGUUCACAGCGAAAGGUCACCGGCACUGGGUGCUCAGCAUUGCCUGGUCACCCGACGGCAAGAAGCUGGCCUCAGGCUGCAAGAAUAGCCAGAUAUUUCUCUGGGACCCAGCCACCGGCAGUCAGAUCGGCCGGGUGCUCACUGGCCACUCCAAAUGGAUCACGUGUCUGUGCUGGGAACCACUCCACAUAAACCCGGAGUGCCGCUACCUGGCAAGUGCCUCCAAGGAUGGCAGCAUCCGCAUCUGGGACACGCUGAUGGGCAGGUGUGACAAAAUCCUCACGAGCCACACGCAGUCGGUCACCUGUGUGAAGUGGGGAGGCGAUGGUUUGCUCUACUCCUCCUCCCAGGACAGGACCAUCAAAGUCUGGAGGAGCAAGGAUGGUGUCCUCUGCCGCACUUUGCAGGGCCAUGCUCACUGGGUGAACACCAUGGCCCUUAGCACUGACUACGUUCUCCGCACCGGUGCCUUCGAACCUGCUGAAGCCACCAUCAACCCACAGGACAUGAGAGGCUCCUUGGCAGAGCUGAAGAAAAGGGCACAGCAGAGGUACGACCAGGUCCGGGGCCAGGAACCAGAAAGGCUCGUCUCAGGGUCAGAUGAUUUCACACUGUUUCUUUGGAGGCCAGCAGAAGACAAGAAGCCACUGGAGAGAAUGACAGGCCACCAAGCACUGAUUAACCAAGUCCUCUUCUCGCCAGACACGCGGAUAAUAGCCAGUGCUUCCUUUGACAAGUCCAUAAAGCUCUGGGAUGGCAGGACAGGAAAGUACCUGACGUCGCUGCGGGGGCACGUCUCAGCCGUGUACCAGAUCGCUUGGUCAGCCGACAGCCGCUUGCUGGUGAGCGGCAGCAGCGACAGCACGCUGAAGGUCUGGGAUGCCAAGACAAAGAAACUGGCCAUUGAUCUUCCUGGCCAUGCAGACGAGGUGUAUGCAACGGAUUGGAGCCCGGAUGGCCAGAGGGUAGCGAGUGGAGGGAAGGACAAGUGCUUGCGGAUAUGGCGUCAGUAGGAGCAGCGACACAAAGCUGCUGGUCCCGUCCUGAGCUGUCCUGUCCUCAGCACAGUCUGCCUGGGACAUCGGCGAGGGGAUGGACGAUGAAGGCUGACCCAAGCACCACUCCCACUUCCUGUUGGCCGCUCUCCCUCGUGGACUCUUUCCUUAUAUUUAUUUAAGGAAAUUUUAAUUCUGGUUCUUACUAAGAGCUGUGCUUUGCAGGAUGAUUUCCUCAGAACAUUACAGGAGGCAUCUCUCUUCUGCCUCCAUCUCAACUGGCUUUUUAUUGACAUUUCAGCCUUACAGUAGCCUACUGCCUUGAAAGGGGCAGUUGAAGGGUGGGGAUGGCUCCUGCCCUUCCUUGCUGUGUGCAGAAUCCUGCAGAGAAGAGGCUUCUAGUGGGAACAGAAAGGGUCAUCCUGUGUGACCUUCAGAGAGGGAGAGAGGAAGGGGAAAGUCCAGCACAUCAUUACAUUGCAGAACUGUUCUCAGCUGCACGUCUGAGACAAAGAUCUGCUGAGAAUAAGGUCUUGAGGCUUCUCGGUAUGCCAGCAAGGUUUUGCCUUUUCACUUAGCCCAGUUCCCUGUAGGCUGGGCCAGGCAUUAUCUCUUAGUGAUCCUCUGCAUGCACAGCAGAUAAUUCGUUUGCUCCUCCAUCCAGCAUGCAACAGGCACAGACUUCAAAUGGCUGCUAGAGCUGUGCUGAGCUUUCAGGUCUCACUGGCUCUUGAAAUGGGGAAAUGAGGCACUCGUGCCUCUGACCAAGGGGAGAGAGCACCCAUUUCCUAUCCACUGCUGGCUCGGGGGGGAAGGAAGGAAGGGGUGGGGAAGGAUGGAGACAGUGUUUGGGUGGCAUUUGUCCCUGGCCCUGGAUAUGUGCUGACAGCAGGGCUGUGACUGUCACAGUAAACGGCAGAACUUCCAUUGCACAGAGCUGGCUGCUGCAAUUUCUCAGGUGCAUUUACUUACCCAUUGGGUGAGAAGGAUUCACACUGCCAGUUACAUAUUUGUGAGCUUGCCUGUGAGCCUUUUAUAAGCCAGUACAGGCUUCCAGCAAUCUUGAGGUGGAUAGACCUGGAUUCAGUGUUUGUUUGCAGGAGCCUUGCGAAACAGUGAAAAUCAAGAUGAGAUUAUCGAGGAGUAGAAAUUCUGUUCUCAGAUUUAGUUGCAGCAAGUUAGCCUGAAGGCCAAAGCAUUCUCUGUAGCCCUUGUAUAGCAGUUGUUGCAGAGAGAUUACUACAACUCAGAACAGGAUUUUGAGUAUCCAAUACUUUCCAGCUGCAGAAGCUGCAUUUUGGGACUGAAUUCCUGCGGGCAGGAUUGCUUUGGAGGAUAAAGUGAGAGUGGGGCAGUAGAAGCUGUAUGGUUGUGUGCAAGGUUCAGGUGAGCAGAGGACUCGCACAAAGGGCUAAAUAUUUAAUAUGACUGAGAACACAAAUUGUGGUUCCUGUUAGUGCCUCUUUCUGCCAGCCAAGUCAGCAGGCUCUGUCUUCAUGGGAUUUUUUUGGGACGAGCUCUCUGCUGUACCUGCUCUCCCAUCAGCAUGCUUCCUCCAGCUGGUUCUAGCUGGCAGUGAAGGCCAUGUUGUGUCCAUCUGCAUAAACAAAAACCUUUCGUAAUUCUCUAAGGUAAAUGUUGUGGGGCAGGGUGAUUUGAAACUGGCUGAUAAUUCUGCCUCCCCAGAGGGCCGUGCCCUUGGGAUGAAGAGGAGCAUAUGUGCAGCUGAUGGAUCUCUGCUGACAGCCAAGACAGAAGCUUGCCUGUUUUGCAGGUGUUUUGGGCUGCCUGCACUGAAGGAAACAAUCCCCCCUUGGGAGUUCAUCUCUGUCCCAGGGUUUCACUUGCUUGAAGCAGCAGUCUCUGCAGUGCCUGCUGGUGCAUGGCUCCUUUGAGGGAAGAAGCUUCAUUCUCUCCUUCCUUUCUCAAGGUGCUGCACGUGGUCACUGUGCCCCACAGUGUGUUUUGUGUUAGGAGUGGGGAUGUAUCAGAGCCAGGGGAGGUGAUGCAGCCUGUAGGGACUAGCUUGACUGGCUGUGUGUAUGUGUACCUAAAGCCCACGUCCUUGUCCACUGAUUUCCAAACUAAAGCAAUCACUGCCCUCUGGCCAUGCUCCUAAGCUAGGCUAACUCCUGCCAUCCCUUCAGACUUCUGUGAUAAUCAGGCACCAAGCAGAGCCUGCUUCGAACUCGCCUUCCUGAGGCUGGAGCGGAAAGGUUUUCCACUGCAAAGUGAGACCUCUUGAAGAGAGCCUUGCAGCUGUCUCAGCCUUAAUCUUUGACCUGAUAGCAGGUAGAUUUUGAACCACACUGUGAUGGGUUUGCUCAUAGAGCAAAUUGAGCUUUCUUGUCUAGGCUGCUGCUGCUAUUCUUAUUCACACAGCAGCAGCCUUUGUGCACACUAAGAGCUGGCCCCGUUCCAGCUGUGUUCUGAAGCAAUCCUGUAAUGCUUCUCCCAGGCUUAUUUGAACACAGCAUUUCCCGGGCCUGGCUCUGCAGUCUGCUGGGCUCCAGGGAAGAGCCACUGCCUGUCACUUCAGAGGUGGCUCCUUGGUGACGUGAUCUUUAGUUAGCUAAUUUUUACAAUGGCAGAUGCAGAUCUGGGUGGGUGGUGUUAUUAAUGGGGAAAACAUCACUUUUUGGUAAAGGGCAAAUCCAGAAGGUAGGUUGGAGCUUUCCGAGUGCUUUGCUGGGAACCACACCACUAAAAACCUGCUGAAACACCUGAACUUCUUCAGCGCUGUGUGAUGAGGAUCUGCUGCUGUGUUUCAGUCCAGUGUCUUAUGAGUCACUCUUUCAGCACAGAAUGCAGGGAUGUGUACCACAGGGGCCCUACUUUUCACUGACAUUAGGAUGAAUUUUAAGCAUAUCCAGAAAGCAUUUGUCCUACAGAGUCCUCUUGACACUUUCUCCUUUAAAAGCUCUGAUAGCUCAGCUGAUGCCACCAUUAAUGUUGUUACCAAUCCCCAAUGGGAGGGCAGUGAUGAUAAGGACUGGGAAGUUUGCCAACCCUCUGAGAAUGGUUUACCUGUCUAAUAAAUUCCUGAGUAUGAUGGAUGGAGGAGGGAAGGAAGGAGAGAAGAACAUGGUAAGAACACCUAGAGUGAAGCAGAUUGUUUGGGAUAGCGCUGAGAUAAGCAGGAUGGUGUCAGACUCCUGCCUCUGGGGGUUGAUUUAGAUAAGUGAGAAUUUAGCAUCCUUAUGAAAACUGAUCUUGAGGCUGUGUUCUGCUCGUCCAUGUAGGAAGGCUGGCCUGGCCAAAUGGCAUAUGCCUUCUGCUCUCCUAUCCUGGGUCCUUGGAGCCAUGCGUUCAUGUUCUGCUCGGCUCAGAUGAUCUCUUUUUUUCCCAGAUCAGUAAUUUAACUCCCAUGUGCAUGUUUAUAGCCUGGGGAGAGAGACAAGAAAAACCUUUUGAUGAACAGGAAGAAGAUAAAUGUGAAUCAUUGCUCUGCAUGAACAUCAGGAAAAGCAGUCUCCUCUCUGCUUUUCUUUGGAUCAGCUCAGGCACUGUUCAGAGGGUGUUUCUACCUCAGAAAGGGCUGCAUUUUGGUGAUAUGGAUGGCAGAAAAGCGCUUGCUGCAAAGACCAUCAGCACUAGAGGAUGAAAAGUGGUAUGGAAACUCAGAACAGUGAUGUUUGUGCUGGGGAGCUGCUACCAGAUGAAAGGAGCUUCUCCCGUGCGCUCAGUCAAGCAACCUGUAAGGUGCUAAUUUCUUCCUAGAUCUGUUGCUUUUGUGAUCAUGAAUCCUGUCUCAAAUCUGAGAGACCAGUUUGGCUGAACCAAUGUAGUAUAGCUGGGAGAGAACCACAAAUCGUUCUCCAGUGCUCUUCCUCCAUUUUCCUUCACACUGACCUUGUGGUGGUGCGUGCUGAGCUGCAGUCGCUGGUGGUCUGUUGGUGGGCUUCAGCUCUUGCACAGUAUGAUGUUGGAAAUAAACUUGGUUAUUUCCAACAUCAGUACUCUCUGCUUUUGAAGGAUCCCUGUGGCAAAUCAGACAUGGUACUGGUGCCUGCUGCCCAGUCAUGGUUUUUGAGCACACUGAGUAUUUUAUUGUCCUGCCACAUGGCUUUUGAGAGCGGAGCAGAGCAUCCCUCCAAGGGCUGCUGCUCUCCACCAGCACUAAGUGGUGAAUGUCUUUGUGUACUCCUUGGUCAAGGGAGGAGCAACUUGAGCCCCGUGGGGUUAUCCCACAUCACUCUCCCAAGGGAGUGAGGCUCCCUUUGGGAAAGGCAGGUGAGUUUGGCCUCUUCUGUCUCUGACUUCACAGCUGCAAAAGCAAGUGAAGGUGUUGUUUGUAAAUAGGUUUAUUGUAGUCUGCUGGAAAUAUUGACACCUCAAAGCUCCCAGACGCUAAUCAAGGACCCAGCUCAAAUGAGUGACCUGCAUGCAAAUCCCGCAGCCCUUCAUGGAGCAGUUUUCCAGCCCUCCAGAUCCCCUCUGAAUCCCAGUGAGACAGCAGCAUGUUUAGUUAUUCUAGUCAAACCUCGCCGCUGCUCCUGGCUGUUUUGUCCUUGCUGUGCAGAAACAAACCUGCUCGAGGGCUCCAGUCCCAUUAGGAGGACAAAGGACAUCAGACUGUGCUGCUACGGAAGAGGAAAAAAGCUUGGGUUUGAAGUGUAAUGCAGAAUGGGUGGCUUAGAAAUUCCUGAAGUGACUUUUCUCUGAUCAAAAGGCAUCUUUCUGAAUUGCCUUUUUUUCUUUCCCAGCUUCCCUAAAAUGUAGCUCCUGACAUUGACUUUGAGGUGAGCACACGUGCUGAUGCUGAAAGGCUUAGUCCUGAAUGUGAGAAUGCAGAUGGCAAUAAACAGCCAGCUCUGAGGCAAAUGAUCUUCCAACUCAGAGGAUUUAGCACGUUGAAACUUGUGGGCUUAUUCUUGGCUUUGGAGGGGCAUUCUGGAACAUGUCUAUGUUACUAUUGACACAUUCAUUUAUGAUGAACUUGGAAUAUUUUUACAUCUCAUUUGUUCCUUCCACGGGGGUGUUGUAAGCUGCCUAAAUGACUUGGUCAGCUUUGCUUUCUUGGUUGGGUUUGGUAGGGUAGUGCUAUGAAUGGAUUUUGGAUGAGAGAGGUCAGGACUCCAGAAAAUAAAGGGGGGAUUCAAGUCCUGAGGUGGUUUGAAAGCCCUUUGGCAUAAAACAGAUGUCUUUGAAUCCCCCGGUGUCUCCAUAUAGUGUCUAGAGCUUAAAAUGUCCUUCAUAAAGCUGUCAAUGUUGCCUAA